AUGCUAGCAGUUACAGUAUUUUUGAACCUACUGGUGAUCAUCUCCAUCUCUCACUUCAAGCAGCUCCACACUACAACCAACCUGCUCCUCCUCUCUCUGGCUGUAGCAGAUCUCCUGGUGGGACUGAUUGUGAUACCAGUAACGACUGUAGCAAUAAUGGAAUCAUGCUGGGGUUUUGGGCAAUAUUUCUGUGUGUUUCAUAUAUAUAUGGCUUGUUUAUGUACCUCUUUAUCUCUGGGCAGUUUGGUCUUGAUAUCUAUUGACCGCUAUGUUGCUGUGUGUGAUCCCUUAUUGUACCACUCUAAAAUAACAAUAACAAGAAUGAUAUGUUGUAUAUCCAUUAGCUGGUGGUGUUGUACCAUAUACAAUGCUGUUAUUAUAACAGACAUUGUAAAUGUGCAGGUACCCAGUAGGUGUUUGAAAGAAUGUUUUAUUGUUGAAGGGUAUAUGUGGGGUAAAAUAAUGGACAUUGUAAUUACAAUGGUUGUCCCGUGCUCUAUUAUUAUAACACUUUAUAUGAAAAUCUUUGUGGUGGCCAGAUCACAGGCCAGAAAGGUAUUUUCAAAAGAGGCUGCCAGAGUGUCUGGUGUUAAAACUGUACAAGCAAAUAAGUCUGAGAGAAAAGCAGCAAAGACUCUGUCUAUUGUUGUUUUCAACUAUUUAAUUUGUUGGAUUCCAUCUCUAUUCGGUUUCUUUUUUUUGUCUUUUUUAAGUGACAAUUUAUCACUUUUCAUCCGUUUUCUGCCACUUGUUAAUUCCUUAAUAAAUCCAAUAAUUUAUGCUUUAUUUUAUCCAUGGUUCAAAGUGACAGCUAAACAUAUUUUAUCUCUGAAGGUAUGGCAUUCAUAGUACUAUGUUUUUAUUCCUAAAUUUGACAAACGUAGGUUUGAUAUCAUUACGUUAUACAAUUGUUAUAAUUGCUUCUUUCUUGUAACAAUACUGACAUUACUUAUCUCAGUGUUGUCAUCAUAAAUACAUGUGGUGUUGAUACAGAAUGAUUUGUCUGGAUUGGAUUGGAAUGACUUGGAGAAGGCAUAAGAAGGAAUAAGCUUGUUUUAUAAAAGACAUUGUAGUCAUUGUGGAUUGUGUACUCCAAAUACCUAAGUCUGUGGUUGUUCCAUGUUACUUAAUGAUAAAUAGUAAAUAUUCUAAAACUACAUUCUGAGGACGUCAUGAGUCAUUAUGUUUAACAUCACCCUCUAGUGGCCCAAUUGUGACACAAUGCCUUCAUCAAGUGUAGUGAAGUUGAAAUGAAAGACACUGCAUGAUAUCAGAUAACUUCCAGGUCUAUCUCAAUGGUGUAUUGUGUAAGUAGUUUAGGGUCAAAUGCAAGAAUAUGCAAUUAUGUGUAACACUUUAUAAUUUUCAGUAAUAACAAAUGUGUAAAUAAACCAUUUAUUUGUAAGGCAUUUACAGUUUGGUCACCAAUUGUUAAAUGUUAAUCAGCUUUGUAUUCUCACAUUUAUAAAUAACUACAAUAUGCAGUAAUGAUUAAACAACAGUGCAGGAGACCACAGUAGACACUUCAACCUCAACAUACUGGGUAUAAACACUACCACUACUCU